UUGGCACCACUCGCUCGGUGCGAUCGCCAUUGCGAAGCUCCGACUCUCUCUUCUAUUGUGGGAUGCGACUAACGUCACAUCUUUUCGUACAGCAGAUGUGCAUGCUACUCUAUCGUGAGAAUUCUGCCGGUGAUCAUCCCGGGCUGUUCGGCAUGGAAGGUGAGGCAAUGAGUGAGAUACAAAGAUCCUGAUCCUGCCCGACCAAGUUACUUCGAAGCAUCAAAUCCAGCAACAUCAAUCGCGAUAGCAAGUCAAAUACCAUCUCGACCACCCCAACAAACCCACCAACCAACACCGACAAAAUGUACGCCAACCUCGCUAUCGCUGCUCUCGCCUCCAUGGCCGCUGCCAUGCCAGCUCCUCAGGCCGGCAGCAGCCCACAAGAGCCUCUGAAGUUCGCCGGCAUGGCCCUCCGCAGCGCCAGCCCAAUCCACUUCGGCCAAAUCAACGCCAACGGCUCCGAGUUCCUCAUCGGCGCCGAGCCAGCAACCUACAAGCCAGACGUCGUCGAGGGUGAAUUCAACAACCAGACCGUCUUCACCUACGUGAACGGCCAAGGCACCAUCGGCCUCCUCACCAGCGUCCCAGGCGGUCAACAAGUCUACGUGACCGAGGGUGACGACUCCAUCGGCCAAGUCGCCGGUCAACUCAAGUUCACUCAGGCCCACACCGCCCGCACCGACGGCCCAGCCAUCACCACUGGCUUCGAGAACGUCUACGACGCUACCCUCAAGUUCGAGAACAGCUCCUGGGUCGCAUGCCCAAGUGAGCGCAUCGAGGGUGCUUGGACCGUCUACGCUGCUUCCCGCUUCACCGGUGCUGAGGACUGCUUGGGCUUCAACUGGCGCCUCGUCCAGCUCGCCGACAACACCACCUCUGCUUGGCAAUACACCAAGUAAAACUUCUCUUCCGCUUUUGACAGGAUCUAAGAGAGAUGAGAAGUUUGCUUGCCUCUUCCUGGAGAACGCAUUGGGAAUCAUGACGAAUAGAGCAUCAAAACACAGAGACGGCCGAUCAUUGAUUGCGCAUUUGACAUGCAUGGCAUAGCGAGUUCGAGAAUUUUAACGACCGACCGAUGAUGAAUAGCAUCAAAAGCGCGCAUUGAAGAGCGAGCAUCAACCAGAAUCAGAAUUGAUCAUGUAUAACAGUAGUGAUAGUCGCAGCUGUAAAUUAUCAUACUGCAUUUUACCUUUCAACCGAAUCACUUCACGAA